AUGUUGAAGUUGUACUGGUAUUCAGCUGUUCUCGUCGUCAACUCUGCCAUUAACGGUUACGAUGGUAGUAUGAUGAACGGUCUUCAAGUCUUGGAUACUUGGACUUCCUAUUUCCAAAACCCCAGCUCCUCUUCACUCGGUCUAUUGAAUGCCAUUCAACAAGUUGGUGGUAUUUGUGCUCUUUUCUUCGCUUACCAGCUUACCGAUCGUCUUGGUCGUAGAAUGGCUAUUAUGAUCGGUUCCCUUAUUGUCUUGUUGGGUGUUGGUCUUCAGGGUGGCUCUACUAAUGUCGGCAUGUUCAUUGGUGCUCGUUUCCUCAUUGGUUUCGGUACUGCUAUCUCCGGUAAUGCUGCUCCUACUCUCAUUGUCGAAAUUUCUCAUCCCAAGCAACGUGGUUUCGACACCCAGAUUUACAACUCCUCAUGGUACCUGGGAUCUAUCAUUGCCGCCUGGACUACCUUUGGUACUUUCUAUAUCCCCAACGAAUGGAGUUGGAGAAUCCCUUCCAUUCUUCAGGGUCUCUUCUCUCUUAUCCAGGUUAUCUUCAUCUUCACUCUUCCCGAAUCUCCUAGAUGGUUGAUUUCCAGAAAGAGAGAGGACGAAGCCCUUCAGAUUUUGGCCAAUCUCCACGGUAACGGCGAUCCCAACAAUGAACUCGUCCAGUUUGAAUACCGCGAAAUCGUCGAAACCAUCCGUCUCGAACAAGCUGCUGCUAACCGUUCAUGGUUUGAUCUUGUCAAUACUCCCGGAAACCGAAAGAGAUCUUUCCUCGUUGUUGCUGUUGGUUUCUUCUCACAAUGGUCCGGUAACGGUCUUGUUUCCUACUAUAUCAACAAGGUUUUGAACGGUAUUGGUAUUACCAACACUGUCACCAAAUUCGUUAUCAAUGGUGUUUUGCAAAUCUUCAACUUGUUCGCCGCCUACUUCGGUUCAUGGCUCAUUGAACGUGUGGGUCGUCGCCCAUUGUUCUUGAUUGCUACCACUGGUAUGUUGAUCACUUUCGCCAUCUGGACCGGUUUGGCCGCCCAUGCUACCUCCGAUGGAAACUCCAACUCCGGCAUCGGAGCUGCUUUCGUCACCUUCAUUUUCAUCUACUACUUCUUCUACGAUAUCGCAUGGAGUCCUCUCACUAUCGCCUAUCCCGUCGAAAUUCUUCCUUUCAGCAUCCGUGCCAAGGGUAUGGCUCUCUCCUCCCUUGCUGUCAAUGCCGCUCUUUUCUUCAACUCCUAUGUCAAUCCCAUUGCUCUUGAGGCCAUUGACUGGAAGUACUACCUCGUCUAUGUCAUUUGGAUUGCCGUCGAACUUGUUGUCGUCUACUUCUUCUUUGUCGAAACAUCUGGUUACACUCUUGAAGAGUUGGUCGUUGUGUUCGAUGGCGAGAAUGCUGAGCUUUCCGACUUGGACAGAGCCGCCAUCGCUUUGGAGAACGAGAAGACCAAUGCUCCUGUCUCCGAGAAGACCGAAGCCUAA